GGGGAGUGGCUGCCUGACCUGCCGGUACCACACAGGGAUCCCGGACAGAUUGGACCCCGUAAGGCCAUGUUGUUCCACUUUCUCCAGGCCGGACUCCGCCAGUGCCGACCUCCCGCAAGGUUAGUUGGCCUUGAGACCGGACUCUCCGGGGCCCGGGGCCCCUCCCUCCCAGCUACACUAGCCAAUUACAGCCGCCUGAGAAACGCCUGCCGCCCCCCCUGGCGCUCACCAUGGAAACCAGUGAAGAAGGGGAAGCUGCUGGCGGUGCUUCUGGGCCCGGCGGUUCUGGGGGUUGGUGUGAGAGCGGCACGGUGCCAAGUGGAGCUGAUUGCCCCCCCACUGAUUGUGCCACAGGGGGCACGGCCUGAACCCGAGUUCAACUGGGCCGAGUUCUGGAAGCUUCUGCGCCCGCAGCUCAUCGCUCUGCUUACGGCUGUACUUUUGGCAUUUGGCGCCGCCCUGCUGAACAUCCGGAUCCCGUUAAUGCUGGGGGAGUUGGUGAACGUUGUUUCCCGCUACACCAGAGAGCAUGCUGGGAAUUAUCUGCAGGAAGUGCAGGGGCCGGCCCUGAAGCUGCUGUGCCUUUAUGGAGCCCAGGGGCUACUUACCUGCGGGUACAUCGUCCUGCUGUCCAGGGUGGGGGAGCGAGUGGCCGGGAGUAUGCGCAAGUCCCUCUUCUUCAGCCUUUUACGGCAGGACGUGGCUUUUUUUGACGCAGAGAAGACAGGGCUGCUGGUUAACCGUCUCACCUCCGAUGUGCAGGAAUUCAAGUCUUCCUUCAAGCAGGUCAUUUCCCAGGGCCUGCGCAGCCUGACCCAGACUGUGGGCUGCUUUCUCUCUCUCUACUACAUCUCCCCCAAGCUGACCGGCCUCUUACUGGUGGUGAUGCCGGUGCUGGUUGGUUCCGGUGCUCUGAUUGGUUCUUUUCUGCGCAAGCUAUCACGCCGGGCACAAGAGCAGGUUGCCAGAGCCACGGGAUUGGCUGAUGAAGCGCUGGGGAACGUACGGACUGUCAAAGCCUUCGCCAUGGAGAGCAGAGAGAUGGAGCUGUACUCGGCAGAGGUAGACAAGUCCAGUGGGCAGAAUGAGGUUCUCGGGGUGGGCAUCGCUGUGUUCCAGGGACUGUCCAACGUCGUAUUGAACUGUAUCGUGUUGGGCACCAUAUUCGCCGGGGGCUCCCUCAUGUCCAGCAAGGAGCUGUCUGCGGGGGAACUCAUGUCUUUCCUGGUGGCUUCCCAGACUGUGCAGAGGUCCAUGGCCAAUAUGUCUGUCCUCUUUGGCCAGGUAGUGCGGGGUCUGAGUGCCGGGGGAAGGGUGUUUGAGUUCAUGAGUCUGGAGCCCACCAUUCCCCUGAGCGGGGGCUUCAAGCUUCCUGUGCUGAGAGGGGAGAUACAUUUCAAGGACGUCUCUUUCAGUUACCCAACCCGACCGGGGCAUGAAGUACUGAGGAGCUUCGACCUUAGGAUCCCUCAUGGCAAGACGGUGGCCCUUGUGGGACAAUCAGGUGGAGGAAAGUCGACGGUGGCCGCGCUGCUAGAAAGGUUCUAUGACCCGACAGAGGGGGCAGUUCAGCUGGAUGGGGUCGACAUAAGGAUCCUGGAUCCAUCGUGGCUUAGGGGGGAGGUCAUUGGCUUCAUCAACCAGGAGCCGGUUCUGUUUGGCACCACCAUUAUAGAGAUACGCUUUGGGAGGCCGGAUGCCACGGAUGCUGAAGUCCAUGAAGCCGCCAUACAGGCCAACGCAGACAGCUUCAUCCGCAGCUUCCCGGAGGGAUACAACACCAUGCUGGGGGAGCGCGGGGUGACCCUCUCAGGGGGGCAGAAGCAGCGGGUGGCUAUUGGAGCGCUACUGAAAGAUCCCAAGAUCCUGAUCCUGGAUGAAGCCACAAGCGCACUGGAUACAGAGUCAGAGAGGGCGGUACAGGUGGCGCUGGAUCGGGCCAGGUCGGGGCGCACGGUUCUGGUUAUCGCUCAUCGGCUCAGCACCAUUUCUGAGGCAGAUUUCAUUGUGGUUCUGUCAAAAGGCCAAGUGGCUGAGUUUGGGACCCACCAGGACCUGCUCAGGAGAGGAGGACUCUAUGCAGAUCUGAUACGUCGUCAGAACCAGGAGUCGCAGGAGGCCCAGUAACACAGGGAGAAAAGACUGAGCAACACAUACCUCACGGGCCCCUGCAGUGACUGUUAUGGGCCCCUGCCUGGGCCUCUGGGUAACGGCACUACCUCUCGCCUGGGUUUUACAGGGGCCCGAUACUAACUGGUCUCCAUUGCACUGUGCAGGGAUGGGGAGUAUGGGCCCUCCUGGGGCUCCCUGUGGGGUGUAAGGGGCCCCUACUGAGCAUCUAGGAACCCCCUCACUAUCAUUCUAUUUUCCUAGCGGGAAUCUUAUAUCUAAGUCUUUUCCAUUGGGAAUAACUAGGAGCCAAAGCGGAUCAGCCCAUAAGACUUCCAGCAGAACCUCAGUACCAACUGCAGUAACGCUUCUGUUCCUCUGUACAUACUGGCACUUACCCAUUAAUAGCUGCCCCCCCAUUGGCCGAUAGCAGUACCUCCGGGUCCCAGCCUGGCACCAGCACGUGCCAGAGAACAGCCAGCUGGGCGGAACCAUGAGAGGAAAUGCCUGUAAGUGUAUAAUUCAUUAUGGCUUCUAGUGCAGGCAUACUUGCCCUUUAAUCCUGCAGCCAUAGGCCGGUGUGUCUGGGUAAGAUGAGGUGUGUGGGUUGGACUCUUGGCUCAAUAAAAGCCUUAUUUCCAUA